GCUCUUCUCAAAAGUCCCAAAUAAUGUAAAUAAUUUCUCCAAGACUUCGAUCACCCAUAACUUCUUCUUUGAUACUCUUCAAAUCUAAUGGCACAUGUCUCUGCAAGACUUAAGCUUCUCUCAAGCAACGAUGCAUUAUCCUUUGGUAUAGAUUCAAGAGACCAAUUUAGGCAGAGCCUUUACAUGGUCGGUGGUGGUGGAUCUCCCUUGGUUCCGUUGCAGCAUAGGAGCCGAUCAAAGUUUUGUGCAAGACUCUUCUCUUCUUACUCUUUUCCUUAUAAAAGAAAGAAGAUUAGAGAUUUCGAUAACUCCGAGAAAAAUCUUGGUAUUGACGAAGAAGACAACGAUGAGUGGGAUUUUGAUGGAGAUGAUGAUGGUUGUUUAGAAACUAAUGAUCUAUCUUGCUUCAGAGGCUUGGUUCUUGAUAUUUCAUACAGACCGGUCAAUGUGGUUUGCUGGAAGCGAGCAAUCUGUCUCGAGUACAUGGAUAAGGCUGAUGUUCUGGAGUAUUAUGAUCAGACUGUUAGUUCUCCUACUGGUUCAUUCUAUAUACCUGCUGUAUUAAGGGUUCCACAUUUGCUUCAGGUUGUCAAAAGAAGAAGAGUGAAAAACACACUUAGCCGUAAAAGCAUUUUACUGAGAGACGAUUAUACUUGUCAGUAUUGUUCUUCCCGUGAAAACUUGACCAUUGAUCAUGUUAUACCAAUUUCUCGAGGUGGAGAAUGGACUUGGCAAAAUCUGGUAACAGCAUGUUCAAGGUGCAACUCAAAGAAAGGUCAGAAGACAGUAGAGGAAGCACACAUGAAGUUAUACAAGGUCCCUAAGGAACCAAAAGACUAUGACAUUGUUGCAAUACCAUUAACAAAUGCAGCUAUAAGGAUGCUGAGAUCGAAUAAGGGAAUGCCAGAUGAAUGGCGUCAGUAUCUAGCGAAACCUUUAUCCGAGCCGUAGCAGUUUCUCUAAGGAAGCUAUGAGCAAAAGGGGUGAGAGAGUCCAAGGCAUCUCGUAAAUAUAGAACAGUGGCUCGAUCGCAUAUGUAGAUUCAUCUAUUAACUUCAAAUUUGUUCACAGUUUGUGGUGGACUUGUUUGAAGAUGGACAAAAAUGUAUAUAACACGUAAAUAAUGUCAAACAUAAACUAACACAAUCAUAAUUUGAACUCAGAAUUCACGUAAA